GAUAAGAGAUGAUAUCGGCCAACUUGUGGUCGGAGCCAGAGGGAAAGUGCUCACACUAAACUUGGAUGACAUCACCAAAAAGACCAGUGAGGCCAAAUGGACAGUCAGUUCAGCAGACACAGCCCUCUGUGAAAUGAAAAGAAAGGACACCAAGGAAUGUGAUAACUUCAUUCGCACUCUACAGACAAUGGAGGAUGGUAAAAUGCUAGUGUGUGGGACAAAUGCUUUCAAACCUGCAUGUGACUACAUGACUUUCAUAAAUGGAAAUGUGUCCCUUAUGGGAAAUCAGCAGGUGGGGAGGGGGAAAGUUCCCUUUGACCCUCACCAACGCUUUGCCACCCUAAUGAAUGGAAACACUUUGUACUCGGCCACUUCCUCAAACUUUCUGGGCACAGAACUGGUGUUUCAGAGACAUGGACCGAACCUUCUCAAGACUGAAAUGUUACUCUCCUGGUUCAAUGAGCCUACCAUGAUAUCCUUAAGCCUCGUUGAAGCAAGCAAAAACAGUGAGGAUGGUACAGAUGACUUUGUUGUGUUGUUCUUCACUGAGAACGCUGUAGAGGAACGUCAUGGCAACAUACAGGUGUCAAGAAUUGCCCGUGUCUGUAAGAGUGACAUGGGGGGCCGAAGGACCCUGCAGGGAAAAUGGACUUCUUUCUUAAAGGUACGUUUGGAAUGUCCAUUUGGCAAUGUUGGCUCCCCAUCCCUGGUCAAGGAUGUGUUCCUUCUACAAGACCCAAGAAACUGGAGGGAUAGCAUCUUUUACGCUACGUUCACCAUUAACGUGGAUUCCUCAGGUGCUUGCAGCCAGUCUGCUGUCUGUGCAUACAAGCUUUCUGACAUUAGCCGAGUAUUCAGCGGGAGGUUUUUGACUGAGAGUGAUACUGGGAGCUGGGACACAUACACAGGAGAGGAGCCAUUCCCUCACCCUGGUUCAUGCAUUAACGAUAAACUGCGGGCGGAAGGUGUAAUGACCUCUCUCGACUUCUCAGACAAAACCCUGCUGUUUGUGAAGAACCACCCUUUGAUGGAAGGGGGGGUCACACCGAUCACUGGCAAGCCUCUGUUGGUCCGCAUGGGAACACUUUUCUCCAAAAUUGUCGUGGACCAAGUCACUUCACUGGAUGGACAACUGCAUCAAAUUAUGUUUAUUGGCACAGACUCUGGUUGGCUGCAGAAGGCAGUUAGGUUUGACGGUGAGGAAGGCCGCAUCAUUGAGGAGCUGCAGCUGUUUCCAACUCCUCAGUCAGUCGACUUUCUCCAGCUGUCCUCCAAAACAGGCCAAUUGUACAGUGGUGCCAAUGGCGUUGCUGUUCAAGUUAAUGUGAGGGACUGCAGCCGCUACACAUCAUGCGAUGACUGCCUUCUUGCCAGAGACCCGUACUGUGGCUGGGACAUGAUCAGCGGCCAGUGUGUGUCGGUUGCCGGCGCAUUUGCUAAGUCUAUAAUUCAGAGUUUGACUGAUGGAGACAUCCAGAUGUGCCCCAUCUCUGAUUUGAAUAAGAAACCUCCCAUUGUCUACCUGAACAUCAGGACAGCGCAGUUCCUUCCAUGUUCCCCUAAAACAAACCUCCCAAUCAGCUGGCGCCUCUCGGACAGUAUCCUCCUUCCAAGUCCCCGACACAUUGUUCUGAGCCUUGGUCUCAUCAUCAGACCUUCCUAUUCUGAGUCUGGCAUUUACACCUGUGAGACAGUGGAAACAGUAAAGGGCAAAGUGCACCGGACGAUGGUGGUCCAAUACUUCGUCCAGGAAGAGGAGCAGAGUGUGGAAACUGGGAGUUUUAAAUCUAUGUUCAUUCUCCCGGAACUCACUUUGGCAAACCUAGAGGUGGUAGAGGCAUACACUGUCGACGGCUGCCAAGUAAUUGAGAUCUCAGGUUGA